AUGGAUUCGCUUACAACACAACAAAGCAUUUUGGUUAUCCAAACUUAUUACGAAAACGGUCGAAAUAUAAAAAAAAUACUUUUCGCAAACUUCGCACUAGUUUUGACCAAGAGAAGACGGACUUUUUGGCCAAAGUGUUCUUUUCUGAUUCAUUUUCACCUCAAUGGGUACGUCAAUAAGCAAAAUUGCAGAUUCUGGGGGGCUGAAAAUCCGCACGAAUAUCAUGAACAACCUCUCCAUCCCGAAAAAGUGACUGUUUGGUGCGGCUUGUGGCCUGGAGGUAUCGUUGGAACAUUAUUUUUUGAAGAUGCAGAUGAAACGGCCAUUACCGUCAAUGGGGAACGUUAUCGCGGCAUGAUAACAGAUUUUAUGUGGCCAAAAUUGGAUCGUAUUGAUGCCGAAGACCUUUGGUUUCAAGAAGACGGAGCAACGGCUCACACAUCUCGCCAAACAAUCGCCCGAGAAAUUUCUAGACUAUGUAGUCUUAUGUAA